ACACACCACAACGAGCAUAAACACAAUAGAGAGAGUGUUCAGGGAACUCAGGUUUAACUCGGGUUUUCGCACAAAACCGCAAGUAUUAAGAGGAGCUGUUUUAUCCUGGAGACGACCGGUUGAUAGUCUUCAUUGCGCAUCGAGGGCAGUGCCGCAAAUGUCUUUAAGAGAGCGACCUAGUCCGCGACUCAGCUCUAGAUUCGGUAACCUCGUUCUUGUUGUUGUUCCGUUCCUAACAAUUUUAAGACGCUCGACUGCUGCUAUGUCGACUGAACAGAACAACAUGGCAGGAUCUGGUGUUGUCGAUAUCAAUCGACUCUUCCGCUUCGUUGGAGUCAACUUCCGUCGCUGGAGACAAAAGAUGGAGUUCUACCUGACGACCAAGAAGUUGGCUCACUGCCUCACCAGCAUGCCCGUCGAGCUGCCGGAAGAAGAGACCGAUGAGGAGAGGGCUGCUUCUGCUAAGGAAAGGGAGCAUGACUUCCUGUGCAAGAACUACAUCCUCAACGGCCUGGCAGACGAUCUCUAUGACUACUAUGCGGAUAGCAAGAACACUGCGAUGAUGAUCUGGGAUGCGCUACAAAAGUAGUACGACACGGAGGAGGCUGGAGCUAAGAAGUAUGCUGUCAGCCGCUACAUACGCUACCAAAUGGUGGAUGACAAGUGUGUCGAAGUUCAGUCCCACGAACUUCAGAAAAUAGCUCAUGAGAUCGUCUCUGAAGGUAUGCCUCUGGUCUAUCAAUUUCAAGUUGCUUGCAUUAUUGAUAAGCUGCCCCCUUCGUGGAAAGAUUUUAAGAAUAUGCUUAGGCAUAAAACCAAAGAAUUUUC